AUGACGGUGAGGGUUGUAGCCCAAAGAGCGCUCAAAAUUGUCAUAACUCUGGCAUCCAUUGUGAUAUUUAUUCAGGGGGCAUUGGCCAUCGUGGUACACCAGUUGGUGGCGAACUUGCUACUUUCUAGUGAUCCGAUUCGUCGACAGAAACAUCUGGACUACACGAAGAAGAAGUUUAUUUUACUAUUGGUAACAAUCUUGACAAUUGUGGCCCCUUCGAGCGUGAGAAUAACGACCGAUGGUCGUACUAUGCCCAAAAACCUGUUUUCCAAUGACAUACACACCGGAGGCCUAUUGUCAAACUUGAGAAGAAAAUCACUUUUGAUUGCAAACCACCAGAUCUACACCGAUUGGGUCUUUUUGUGGUGGUUGACCUACACCGGUGGACUUGCAGGAAAUGUGUUCAUAAUGCUCAAGCAAUCGCUUGCACGCAUUCCUAUACUGGGUUACGGAAUGGAAAACUACAAGUUCAUCUUCAUGAACCGUAAAUGGAGCAAGGACAAGAUCAACCUGGCUAAUCGAUUGAGCAAUAUGGAUCACAACGCAAGGGGCGUGGGCGAUUUGGCUGGGAAACACUUUUCCGCCAAGACUGAAGAGGGUCUGGAGGUUUGGACUGACCAAGAUCCCCAUUAUGUCGACAGAAGCCAAAAAAGCUGGCCUUACUCGUUGAUCAUCUUUCCGGAGGGCACAAAUCUGAGUCAGAAUACUCGUAACAAGAGUGAGAUUUUUGCAGCUAAGGCCAAUCUCGAAAAUUUCCGAAACUUGGUAAUUCCUAGAAGCACAGGACUCAGGUUUGCAUUGCAGGAACUCAGGAACAGCUGUGAAGUGGUUUACGAUGCCACUAUUGGUUAUUCCGGCGUAAAGCAGAAUGAAUACGGUCAGGAUAUUUACCAAUUAGGUAACAUCUUUUUGAAAGGCCAAGCACCGGAGCUGGUGGAUAUACACCUCAGAGCCUUCGAACUCGAUGAGAUACCCAUAGAUGACGAAAGUAAGUUUUCAGAGUGGUUACUGAAGGUUUGGAGGGAGAAGGACGAACUUCUGGAUUAUUACUACGAACACAAGAAUUUUGAUCGCGGUCCGGGGGAAACUAGCCAAGUCGUUACUGGAACCUGUAAAGUUCAGCGCUUAGAAAUGAUACAAAUGCUGGCGCUUCCAUGUUUGACUGCUUUAACUAUAGGAGUUUUGAUAUGGAAGAAAUAUGCUUGA